AUGGGAAAUAAAGAUUCUUAUUUAAAACGAUCAUAUGAUGAUCAAACUGAUUUUGAUAUUCCUAUAAAAUAUGAAGAAGCAGUUGAAAUAUUAACUGAUUCAGAAUUUCGUAGACUAGAGACAGCAUGGAAUAAUAGAAGACAAAUGAAUGAAUUUGAAUUUUGUAAAGAAAUUUUUAAAAAUACAAAAGUUCCUAAAAAUUUCCAAUCAUUAAUAUAUCAUAAAUUUUGUUGGGAUGAGGAGGCAAUAACUUUUGAAACAUUAGUUAUUUCUAUAGUUAUUUUAACAAAAGGUGAUUUAGCUAUGAAAAAGAAAUUUUUACCAGAAGUUAAUGAAAGAUUUUUUAAUAUAUUUUCCAAUGACUCCACUAUGAUGGAUAGAGAAGUCACCUUAAAUCAUAAUUUAUAUGAAGUUUUGUCAGGUGUUACACAUUUUACUGAAGAAGAAAUUGGACUUUUAAAUAGUUUUUUCUAUGAUAUUUGUACAAUUCAAAAGAAUAAAAUGAAUUUUGAUAAAUUCAAAUUUAUAUCAUAUGAUUCUAAUGAAGAUAGUCAUAUUGAUUUUAAAGAAUUUUUAUGUGCCUUAUCAGCAUCAUGUAGAGGACCACCGGUUGAAAGAAUAAAAUUUAUUCUACAAAUGUGGGAUAGAGAUAAAGAUAAUAAUUUUAACGAAGAAACUAUAAAUAAUAUUUACAAAGAAUUAGAUAUUGAAGAGAAAAACAAAACUUUAAAAAUAAAAAAUGGUAAAGUUUCUUUGUAUGAUGUUAUUUGUUGGGCAAAUGGUAUAAAAGAAGUAGAAAAUUUUUUAGAAUUAAUAAAACAAAAUUCAUAUAUAUGUUUUGGUUUACCAUUACAAAAAAAUGAAGAAGAACUUUUAAUUAUUAAGGGAUACAAAAAUUCUGUAAAAAGAAAAUUAAAUACUGAAUAUUAUAUAAUAUCAUAUAAAUGGUGGAAUAAAAUGAUUAAUGAAAUGUCUAAAGGUACAUAUGAAAUUGAACCAAUUUCUGGUGGAGAAUAUCUUAUAGAAACAAAUUUUCCAUAUGAAUGGAUGUAUAUUUAUGAAGGUCGUCAAAUGAUUGGUCCAAUUUUAAAAGAAAACAUUGUUGAAAAUGUUGAUUAUGUUGCUAUUGACAAAGCACUUUUUUUAUUUUUAAAAAAAAAAUAUGGAAUAUAUGACAAUGAAAUUAAAAGAUAUUGUAAUUAUGAUGGAAUAAUUGAUUUAUAUCCACCUUUAGUAUUAAUUCAUUGUCAUAAAGGAUAUGAAAAAAAACCAUGGUUUUGGAGUUUAUAUCCAAAAACAUUACCAAUAAAAGUUUUAAAAAAUGAUGCACAAGAAGGUCUUGAAAUAGAUGAUCCUAAUGCAAUAAGACUUUGGUUGAUGCCUGAAAUGAUUCUUAUUGAUGAUGAAGAUAUUUCAUUAGAAAAAUUUACUAAUGAUAGAAAGUUUUUAAAAAUUCUUCUUGAAAUACGAAAUCGAGAUAUGUCAUGGCCUGAAGAAAUGAUUGAAUUUUUAAAUAUAACAAAUGAAUCAUCUACAUUAAAUAAUGAUGGAUAUUUUUUAUCAAUGCCUCUUGUAAAUAGAAGUGUAUUAUCUGUUGAAAAAAAAACAUCAGGAAUUGUUGGUUUAGCCAAUUUAGGUAAUUCAUGUUAUAUGAAUUCCGUACUACAAUGUCUUAUUCGUACUGAUGUUAUUACUGAUUAUUUAAUAAAACGUUUAGAUGAAAAUGUAGAAGAUAAUUCUUUGACAACAGCUUUUGGUAAAUUUUUAUGUGAAGUAUUUGCAAGAGAAAACAACAAAUUUACACCAGGUGAAUUAAAAAGAAUGAUUACAAUUAAAUGCCCAUUGUUUGCUGAUCAAAAUCAACAAGAUGCAAAUGAAUUUUUAUCGUGUUUUUUAAAUACAAUUAGUGAAGAAUUAGCUAAUUCAAAUAAUGAAAAAGGUAUUGUACCUGAUACUACUUAUCUAUCAGACACUCCUGCUGAUUUAGAAUGGAAAAAACAAUUGGAAAGAGAAUUUUCUAUUAUAACAUUGAAAAUUUGUGGACAAUUGAAAUCAUCAUUAACAUGUCAAUCAUGUUUUAAUGUUUCUGAAACAUUUGAACCUUUUACAUUUUUACAAUUACCAAUCCCAGAUAAUGAAUUACUUUUAUUGACUAUAAUUUUAGUACCACAAAAUGGUAAGACACCAAUAAGAAUGUCAUGGUCUUUACCAGGGCAUGUAAAACUUCCAUAUAUAAAAUCAUUAAUAAAAAACAAAACUGGUAUCAUUGAAACAUCAAUAUUUUUUGCUAUUUUGGAUUCAAAUUUUAAGCUUAAACAAAAUAUAUUUGAAAAACUAAAUAAUGAAAAUGUAGAAGUUAAAUCAUUAUGUUCAUUAAAAGAAUGUAAUAUUAUUGCUUUUGAGAUUGUUCCUGAAUCAACUGAUUCUUGUCCUGUUUUUGCACUUAAUAGAAAUGAUCAUUUUAAUGAUAUUUAUAUUAUUAAAGCAAUUGAUGGUAUAACAAGCUUUUUUUUUGGAAUGCCAUUAGUUUUUCAAUAUAAACCAUUAAUAACUAAAGUUUCUGACUUUUAUAAAGAUGUUUAUAAUAGAUUAUCUCAAUAUUAUUUAAAAGAUGGAAAUAAAAAUAGUACACAUAACAGAGCAAUUGAUGCAAGUGAAGAUUUAAAAGGUAGAUAUCCUUUUGAAAUUGUAGCAGUAGAUAAUUCAUUUGAAUGGUGUGCAAUAUGUGAUUGGACAAAAUUCUGUAGAGGAUGUAAUUUAGAAGACCUUGGAGAAUUUGUCUCAACAGAUAUAAGAAAUAUAGCAAUUCAUUGGAAACCAUCAUCUUUAUAUCUUAAUUAUCAAUCAGUUAUGGAUUUGAUGUGUACAGAUGAUGAAUCAGUAGAAAAAGAAAAAGAAGAAUAUAGAAAACCUAUGACAGUUUAA